UGGGCCGCCGGGCCAGGUGCAGGAGGCGGGCCUAGGCCAGAUCUCCACAGACGAGGGAGGGCCGGCGCAGGAAAACCCUUCCCCUACCGGGAGCUCGCGAACCGCUCGCACGCGGGAAAGCCUUUCCACGGAGAGCGUCUCGGAGCCAGAGCGGACCACGCCAACUUCCGGCCCGCCCCGGAAGCGGAAGUGCAGGCGCCACGGGGUCGUGUCCAUCGUGAGCCCGGCCCGCGCGCCCGCCGUUCCGCCCGGCGAGCCCCAGCGCCCCAGUGUCCUGCCGGUGUCCUAUUCGCUGGUCCCGCCAUGCUGUCGCUAGACUUUCUGGACGAUGUGCGGCGGAUGAACAAGAGGCAGCUAUAUUAUCAAGUCCUGAAUUUUGGAAUGAUUGUCUCCUCUGCACUGAUGAUCUGGAAGGGCUUAAUGGUAAUAACUGGAAGUGAGAGCCCCAUUGUAGUGGUGCUCAGUGGCAGCAUGGAACCUGCAUUCCAUAGAGGAGAUCUUCUUUUUCUAACAAAUCGGGUGGAAGACCCCAUUCGAGUGGGGGAAAUUGUCGUGUUCAGAAUAGAAGGAAGAGAGAUCCCCAUAGUGCACCGAGUCCUGAAGAUUCAUGAAAAGCAAAAUGGGCAUAUCAAGUUUUUAACCAAAGGAGAUAAUAAUGCUGUUGAUGAUCGAGGCCUGUAUAAACAAGGGCAGCACUGGCUGGAGAAGAAAGAUGUCGUGGGGAGAGCCAGGGGAUUUGUUCCUUAUAUUGGAAUUGUGACGAUCCUCAUGAAUGACUACCCUAAAUUCAAGUACGCAGUCCUUUUUUUGCUGGGCUUGUUCGUGCUGGUCCACCGUGAGUAAGAAGCGAGCCUCACCGCUCCGUUCCAGGAAGCCGCGAGCUUUGUUCCUGGGUAUCUGCAGUAGACAUGGGUCUGCGGUUGGUGGAGAGCGAGCGCACUGAGGGCGCUCUUGGGAGCACCAGUGUGCAUUAGUUUAUGUUUCCACGCCAGAAUAUAUGUGGGCGGGCGCAUGGGCACUGAGGCGUGCACACGAGGGGACUUCCAAUCACAGGAUUUCAUACCUUGUCAUUGUCCCACUUUCACAUUUUGUACAUCAGUGGAUUUUUUUAUAUUAAAAGGUUGAGCCAAAGCCCCCAGUGUUUGUAUUUUGAAGCCCAGCUUCACUUCUGAAGUGCCUCAGCGUGCUGUCCGCGGAAGUGCAGCUCUGCACGCGUGGACCGCCUGUCCUCACAGUGCCACUCACGGCUCAUGAAGGUGGCUCCAAGUCUUAACUUUGCAAAUUUCAAAUAAAAGACUUUGCACAUUUAA